GCAAUCAGGACUCGGGCGACGAUCUUUUAUAAAUACGCUAUCCACAAACACCAGACAGUACAGUUCUCGUUUUCUAGUUGCCGUAGCACAAGACAAUAUUGAAGAAAUCAUGAGCCGAUUUGUCGUAUUUGUCUCGAUGGCGUUGACGUUGGUGGCGUUGGCAGCCUCCGCCCCGCAGAACGCCGCCAUACUGACCGACGCCCGGUACCUGUCCAACAACGGUCAGUUCGGCGCCGCUUACACGCAGGGUGACGGUGUGGAGUUCAAGGAAGAGUCGGACGCUUCUGGUAACAGACGAGGCUCUUACAGUUACGUGGACCCCAACGGCCAGAGGCGCACGGUCAGCUACACAGCCGGCAAGGACGGUUUCAAGGCCACCGGCGAUCACUUGCCAGUAGCCCCGACACCGGUCCCAGUGCCCGCUGCCCACGCCGUACCCGCACCGAAGUCGGGUUCAUGGCAACAAGACCAAUGGUCUCAAGCUCCAGCAGUCCCAAACCAAUGGAACCAAUGGAACGCCGAACCAGCACCCAAGAAUGACGACGGACAAUGGAACCAAUGGAGCUCAGACGCAGCAUCGAAGUCCGAUGAUGGCCAAUGGAACCAAUGGAGCUCAGACGCUGAAGCAGCAAAGUAUGAUGACGGCCAAUGGAACCAAUGGAGUUCAGAAUCAUCGAACGACGGCCAAUGGAACCAAUGGAACUCCGCUCCAUCGACUGCGGCGCCAAAACACAGUCAAUGGAACCAAUGGAACUCCAUCCCAACCACUGCCAAAUGGAACCAAUGGAACUCUGCCCCGACCCCACCACCCACGUCAUACAACGUCAACCACGCUUCCGGCAAAUUCAACUUGAACAGAUCUCCAGACGGUUUCAGCUACACGUUCAGUCAAAACUGAUGCGCACUUUUAGCUAAGCCCUAAGCAAAAUACUAAUUGUAAAAUAUUGUUCUUCAAUCGAUUUGUUUUUAUAUAUUAUUAAAGACUAGUC